UUUCCCCCCCGGAGCCCCCGAGGGGCCGGAGCUCCAGGCAGUGCGGGAUCCCAGCCUCGGCUACUCUAAGUUGGUCUGCCACAAUGUCUGAAGGAUCAGAUCUCCUUCGCUUCAAGUUUGAAAAUUAUGGAGAUUCAAUGUUACAAAAAAUGAACAAGUUAAGAGAAGAAAAUAAGUUUUGUGACGUCGCAGUUCACAUAGAUGAUAUUGAGGUUCAGGGACAUAAAAUUGUGUUUGCUGCAGGCUCACCCUUCCUAAGAGACCAGUUUUUACUGAAUGAUUCCAGAGAAAUAAAGAUUUCCAUAUUGCAGAGUUCAGAAGUGGGGAGACAAUUGCUGCUAUCCUGUUAUAGUGGCAUUCUGGAAUUUCCUGAGAUGGAACUGGUAAAUUAUUUGACAGCCGCAAGCUUUCUUCAGAUGAGCCACAUUGUAGAACGAUGCACACAGGCCCUUUGGAAGUUUAUAAAACCCAAGCAGCCCUUGGAGGGCAAAGAGGAAUGUGAACAGCAGAGUGAUUCUUCAGAGUCAAAAGAACAGCAGGUAGAUGACAGAGACUCACAGGAGCAGGACUCCCCCUGUAUUCAGCCCUCUGAGGAUAGUAUGGACAUGGAGGACAGUGACAUUCAGAUUGUUAAAGUAGAAUCAAUUGGAGAGGUUUCAGAAGUUAGGAAUAAAAAAGAUCAAAAUCAAUUUAUUUCUUCUGAACCAACUGCUUUACAUUCCUCAGAACCCCAGCACUCCUUAAUUAAUUCAACUGUGGAAAACAGAGUAAAUGAAAUUGAACAAAACCAUCUCCACAAUUAUGCCCUUUCUUAUGCAGGUAGUGAUAACAUCAUUAUGGCCUCUAAAGACUUAUUUGGUCCUAAUAAUCGUGGUGUAGACAAAGGCCUUCAGUGGCAUCACCAGUGCCCAAAGUGUACCAGGGUGUUCCGUCAUCUAGAGAACUAUGCCAACCACUUAAAAAUGCAUAAACUCUUUAUGUGUUUACUCUGCGGAAAGACUUUCACUCAGAAAGGCAACCUCCACCGACAUAUGCGAGUACACGCAGGCAUCAAACCUUUCCAGUGUAAAAUCUGUGGGAAAACCUUCUCUCAGAAGUGCUCCUUACAGGAUCACCUUAACCUUCAUAGUGGAGAUAAGCCCCAUAAAUGUAACUAUUGUGACAUGGUUUUUGCACAUAAACCAGUUUUGAGGAAACACCUGAAGCAGCUGCAUGGUAAAAACAGCUUUGAUAAUGCUAAUGAAAGAAAUGUGCAAGACCUCACAGUGGAUUUUGAUUCUUUUGCUUGUACCACAGUCACAGAAACUAAAGGGUGCCAGCAGCCACCUGAUGCAUCCCAGGUAUUAGAUGCAGGUAAACUGGCCCAGGCUGUACUGACUAUAAGGAGUGAUGGUACCUGUGUUAAUUAAGUAGAGUUAUACACAUAACUAAUGGUUGACCAAGAGAGCAUGAAGAACAGUUAAGUCUGUAUCUUGGGGGGGGGGGAGUGGGGAGCAUUUUGGUUAAUUUGAGUGGUGUAUAUGGUUGGGGCUCAAUGAAAGCACCUGGUAAGUUGCUGCUUCAAGGUGUUUUUACUACCUUUUAGCCCUAUUUUUGGUGAUGAAUUUUCUUCCCAUAAGUAUAUGUUUUUCUUUCUUGAGAAUUACUACACUGCAGGUUGAUCACAUUAACUCCUGUUUUGGCUGGUCCCAUUUCUGGGUUUUUUGUGGGGCAUGGUAAUAACAAAUUAACCUCAACUACUUUCCAUCAAUAGAUGCUGUGUUAGGAGAAAUGAAAAACACUGUAGAUUUUAAACAAAAGUGGCUGAGAUUUAAAAACAAAACAAAACUGAUUUUAAUGUUUUACCCUUGACCUCUGAUAGAAUGAACCACUGGCUGCUCAGUGGUUAAAUUCAUUUGUUUUUGUUAAACAUCUUUUUUCCUCCACAAACUCCAUUUGAGUUCAUCUUGAAGUUGUUUACAUGAAGUAUAUUUAGUUCAUUUUAUAUACUUUUAAACAGUAUUAAUACUUGAUUUCUGUUCUCUAACUUAUUCACAUGGAUCAGGUAAUACACAUUGGUUUUUUUCAGCCACAUCUGCCUGCACAAGUAGAGAUCACCAUUAAUACCAUUAUAAUCACAUAUAAAAUACAGCAGUUGAAAUCACUGUGUAACAGAGUGGAAGCCUUUGGUUUUUCAAUUAGAAUAUUACAGGCCAGUUGCAUCUAACAAUGGUGUUGUCUGUUGAUUUUCUUAAAGCCAGGACAAUAAAUGGCCUACUUAAUCAAUGUAUUGGAGAGUAAUGAUCUUUUGGAAAAAUAAUGAAAAUAUAAAGGCUACUUGGUAGUUGAUUUACUUUAUGUCAGGUGAGCCAAAUUCAUAGUGAAUUUGAUAAGAAAAGUACACUGUCCAAUACUUUGUAGAACAGACACUGAAAUCUCCAUAAAUUGUACGUGCACUUUUCUGUAGUCAUAAUGUACUUCCUUACCUAAAAUGACUGAAAAAAAUUCUUAAUGAAUCACAAGAGGCACAUAUUGUAAUCAGGUUUUUCUCUUCAAGGUGUCCAAUCUUAUCUCCAUACCUGCAACAGAUCCACUAGCACCAAGUCAAUCUAUCUGUACAGAUUUUUUUCCCUUUGCCUCUUGAAUAAUAUUUUGGAGUCUUAGCUGUUAUAUAACAUCUGAAUUAGAUUUAGGUAGUCAUAGAAUCAUAGAAUGUUAGAGCUGAAAGAGACCUUAGAGAUAAACUAGUUCAAUUCCUUGUAGAUGAGGAAACUGAUUUACAGGGUGGGAAAUAACUUACCAUUGUCAUUUAGAACAGAGCUUUUACUCCAUAUGUUCCUCAAGGCUUUAUUAAUAACUAAACUAUUCGAUAUUAAAGAUAAAGCAUGACAUGCUAACUGGAGGUUUUAUGUUUCCUCUUUAAAUCACUGCUGGGUUUUAGGCCAGGAAACAGUCCAGUGUUUACUAGCUAACCAUCACAUAGGGAUUCAUUCUCAUUUAGAAGUUCUUUUCUGGUUGAAAAGAUGUGGUUUGAACAAUAUUCUGUUCUUACAAAGUAGUGAGAUGAAUUGCUCAAACAAGCAAUGGGCUUGUUUGCUGUUUUGCUCCUCCCUUUUGGCAAGUAGUAAGACUAUGGGGUGGGAGGGAGUCAAAUGGGGAAUAAACCCAAGCACUGUUUCCAAAGCAGAUUGUGUCAAUUUCCAUCAAAUUUUUAAAAAUAUUUUAUCUUUUUGAGUGCAUGUAAAGAAACUUAGCUGGUUUGAGGGAAUUCCUGUGGUUGGUAUGUUGGAUGCUGUCUUUUGUGAAUCUAAUUGGAAACAUUAAAUUAAUCAAUAUCAUUUAAAAAUACUUUCCCAUGCUAUUUGGUAAACAAUUUAAAUGCAAAAUGUGUUGAAGGGUAGAGCCAGUAAGCACUUAAACCUGGUUAAUAAGUAGAUUGUGAUGUAGCUGCUCCCUGACAAUAUAAUUUACAAAGUCUAACUGAAGGUACCAAUGCUAUGCAACAAUGAGAAGUUACAACAGGAUAUUUAAACCAUUUUGUUUUAUGUUACUUUGAGCAUUAUUUAAUUAUAGGAAAAUUACAUGGCAUAGCCAGGAGACUUAGUUCAUUAACUGAAAGCUGUGCUGUCAUUCUUGUGAUGUCUUUUUCUUAUUGAGUUGACUGAAUAGGCAAGAGUUCAACUUUAGAUGUAGCGCUUUUACUAAGGACUAGACUUUCUGGGUUUUUAUCAGAAAACAUAACAUAUUAGGGCCAGUCCAGCCCCUUCAUUUUUCAGAGGAGUAAACAGAGGCCUAGGAAGGUAACUUGUCAAUGUCAUUUGACUGAUUAAUGGCAGAACUGGGACUUCCCAGGGUCUCCAAGUUUCUUAGUGGUGGACUCAGUGACAGGUACUAAAAUCCACAUCUUGACUCCUACCUAGGCCAGUUUUUUCUCUAUUAUACCACAGUUGCCUCAUGUGGUCUCUGUCUUAACAACAAGAAAUGAUGAAGAAAACUACCUUGGAUUAUUAAGAGCACUUAAAUAUAAAUGUCUGACACUUUGGCUUUAUUUACCAUCGUUAUUUCCUCCUAGGAAAACCUUUAGUUCACACUUCUUUGCAAAAAAAAUCACUAAAGGGACUGAACUCUCCUCUAAUUUUUAGCUGGAGAGGAAGCCCCUUUCAUUUCUGUGAGAUUUUCUUAAGUUUAAUGAAGCUAUAUUAAAUUUGCUAUUUUAGCUAGAACUUGAUUUUUUCAAGUAUGUAGGUUUCCUAGUUUGUAUUGAAAUUUGACCAGACUACUGAAUGACAUAGAAAACUAUUUGGAAUUCUUGUGGUAGAAAGACUUUAACAUUUUUUAUUCACUCAGCAUUAGAAUUUUACAGAUCUUUGAUGUUGUAACGCUAUAAAGCACAAAAAGGAAGAAGGAAUCCUGUUAAGUUUAGCACUACAGUUUAAAAUUAAAAAAAUUUAAACCUCAAGCACGUAGUUGAAGUGACUAAUAUCUGGAAAGGUAAAUCAGAUAUGGGUUUCAUUCCUUAAAAAAUUUUUCAUUAGAAGCUGUAUAAAUAGGGCAUUCCUCUGAGACUAGUUUCACCUUUUCACUACUGUCAAAUACAUAGCGAAGUACCUUCUUCCAUUGUCUACUUUCAGCUAAUGAACAGCUGUCCUAAACUUGUUGUAUGUUACACAUACUGACUAUGAACUACCUCUUCACCUAUUAUGAGGAAGUUUCCUUAAUAAAAGUGUGACAACUAAAA